AUUCUGGAGGAAAGAACAAGUUCCAAGUUUUUGCAUUAAAGUGUCUGUGACUGUAUUUAGUUAAUAACCUUCACUGGUGGAAGGACGUACAGCUGAUGAGACGGGACUAUUGGAAUGCACUGCUCACACUGUGUCUCCACAGAAAUGUGUAUAAGGACUACCGUCAGCUGGAGCUUGCGUGUGAGAGUCAGGAAGACGUUGAUGCCUGGAAAGCCUCCUUCCUCAGAGCCGGAGUUUAUCCCGAAAGGGUCACGGAGAAGGAAGGAAAGAGUGAUGCUGGUGAUGAAAAUGGUUCGGACAACCUCAUGCACAGCAUGGACCCUCAGCUGGAGCGGCAAGUGGAAACCAUCCGCAACCUGGUUGACUCUUACAUGGCAAUCGUCAACAAGACCGUCCGUGACUUGAUGCCGAAGACCAUCAUGCAUCUCAUGAUCAACAAUACUAAAGAGUUCAUUAAUGCUGAGCUGUUGGCCCAGCUGUACUCAUGUGGUGACCAGAACAGCUUGAUGGAGGAGUCUCAGGAGCAGGCCCAGCACCGUGACGAGAUGCUGCGGAUGUACCACGCUCUGCGGGAGGCUCUCAACAUCAUCGGCGACAUCAGCACAUCUACUGUAACCACCGCCAUGCCACCACCCGUGGACGAUUCCUGGCUUCAGGUGCAGCGUAGCGGAUCUGGGGGACGGUAAGGCACAUGAGACAUCAGACUGUGGGACUGAGAGAGUACG